AUGCACUCGCUGACCCUCCUCGCCUUGGCCGCCGUCUUUGGGGCCACCGUAGCCAACCUUCAGUGCUAUUCGGAUUAUAACGCGAACGGCUUCCAGCAUACGAGCAGCAAAACGAAGCAAACCUGCGGGGAUGGAUGCAAGUUCUGUAAGAAGACGUACAGCCAGCUGGGAGGAAUCAAUGCCGCCGAAUGGGGAUGUGGCUGUGAUGCCACCGGGCAGUCGUUCGAGAUUUGUACGGAAAAGGGCAAAUUCGACCGUUCUCCCAAUAACAACAACCAAGUCGAGCUGAACUGCUGCACCGGAAAUUUGUGCAACGGUGCCGAGCGUAGCUCGCUAUUUACCGUACUCACCACCGAGCUGGACCGCGGCAAGGAUGGGCCGCUGGGAGCUGGGUGUUUUACGGAAAAACCAGGCCGAGGAGAACCGAAAGAAAUCUGCGACCUCGUCUGCCCGAAAGCACAUACCGUCUUCGUGGCCCACAUCGACGUCGGACAUCGGGGUUGCUUCAACUACUACAACUACGAGUUGGAACAGCGCAAGAAUGAGUGGUUCCUGAUGAGGAGCGGGGAAUGCGCUAAUUCUACUAUUACUUUCAGAAUUGGGUGCAAAUUCGAUGAUCCUUUCAACGCUACCUUCAAAUCCGACAAUGAA